AUUCGAUUCCUUCCAAAUCAGUUUUCCAAUAGUCGGAAAUUAGAAGGAGGACAACAAGAGUACUCUCCGAAUCGAGGCCUGAGGAAUAAUUCACUCUAUUCUUGCAGUUUGUGACUCUUUCUUUCCAAGAAACAGCAACAGCCAUGGCCACCCGGGCUAGUCAACUGGUGCAAGACCAGAAUGUUGCCAAACUUCACUGCAGUGGAGCUUCUGCUUGGAUGAACAAUGAUAGUGAUAAUGUGUCCAUGGGUCAAAAGAAAGGAGGAAAGCAUGGUUCCAGAAGAGCACUCAAUGAUAUAUCAAACUCCACAAAGCCUUGUGCACUCCUGCAGGCAUCAAAGAAAGCAAACCCUUCAACGGUUCUUGUAGAGAAGAAUGUGGGCGUGUCGAAAACGAAGAAGAGAGUUGGUGGAAGGAGAGCACUUGGAGAUCUGACAAACUCCAGCAAGCAAUAUGUGCAGCAGGUGCCGCCUAAGAAAGGUUAUAAUGAAGAAGAAGAAUUGUUUUGUGUGGCUGAGGAGGGAUUUAUGCACAAUCACGACAAGUGUAUCAAAGAGCAAAUGAUGGCUAUGGACAUGGGCUGUUUUCUCAAGGAAGCUGGACUUGCCAAUGAUUCAUCAAAUCAAUUUCUAAUGACUCCACAUGCAUAUCCACCCUCACUGAGGACAAAGCUGAAGAGUGCAGUGAAGGACCUGGAAAUGGAAGAGCUGCCAGAGUUGCCGAUUCCUUUAAACCACUCACCUGUUCUCCUCAGGUCACCCAUGUCCCCAAAAGCACAGUGUGUGAACUGGAAGGAUGACAGCUUUCCAGCUUUCUCAUUGAUAGAAACUCCCAUGCUACCAAAUACUGUUGAUGCCUCAUAACCCACAAAAUAUGAAUAUGACUAUAUGAGCGACCAAUUUAUCAGUAUCUUUACUUGAUAAGAAUUGUGGUCAAGAUUUGCUAGUGUGCUUGCUUUUGUUUUCAACUCUGGGUUGUGGUGCUAUCAACAUACGCAAGCACGUUUUACAUUUGCCAUGUAUUCUAUGCAUUCCUUUGACACCUUUUUUUUGUUACUCCCCUUAUUGUUGUCCAAUUAUUUUUCCAUGAAAAAGAUCUAUAUUUGUUUAGAAUCUCAUAUGG